AUGAGUGCCUAUGUGGAGAGAAAUGCCCAGACCAUCACCCCAGACAUGCCAGCUGUGUUUGAUGGCAUGAAACUGGCCGCAGUAGCCUCUGUACUUUACAUCAUAGUACGCUGCCUCAACCUUACGAGUCCUACAGCAGCCCCCAAAAUCAUCUGUAGAAAUACCCCUCUGAAUUACUAUCUACUCAAGUCCUGCUCCAUUCUAACCAAAGAGUACAUUCCCCCCUUAUUGUGGGGUAAAAGUGGACAUUUUCAAACUGCACUUUAUGGAAAAAUGGGACGGAUACAUUCUCCUCACCCACAUGGCACGCGUGUGUAUCUUCCUAUGCAGGAUGGAGCUACAGCCACAUUUGACCUUUUUGAGGCUGUUGGUGACCAUCCAACAAGUGAUGAUAUAACCAUGGUGAUCUGCCCUGGGAUCGGUAACCACAGUGAGACGCACUAUAUCUGUACCUUUGUGGAUUAUUCUCAGAGGCAGGGCUACAGAUGUGCCGUGCUUAACCACCUAGGAGCCCUGCCAAACAUUGAGCUGACCUCCCCACGCAUGUUCACCUAUGGCUGUACUUGGGAGUUUUCAGCCAUGGUGAGCUACAUCAAACGAACAUUUCCCCAGACCUGGCUUAUUGUGGUGGGCUUCAGUCUAGGUGGGAAUAUCGUGUGUAAGUUUUUGGGGGAGAACACAGCCAAUCAGGACAAAGUGAUGUGCUGUGUCAGUGUCUGUCAGGGCUAUAGUGCUCUCAGGGCUCAUGAGACGUUUCAACAGUGGGACCAGUGCAGGAGAAUCUAUAACUUCUUCAUGGCAGACAAUAUGAAAAAGAUCAUUCUGUCCCACAAGAAAAGCUUGUUUGAGACACAAUCAAGCAAAAUGAACGUUACAGAUCUACAUCGUCUUCACACAGCUACAUCACUCACACAGAUAGAUGAGAACAUUAUGAGGAAGUUCCAUGGUCAUGGUUCUUUAAGAGAAUAUUAUGAAAAGGAAAGCUGUGUGAAUUACAUCCACAAUGUAAACGUUCCACUUCUGAUGGUGAAUUCAUUAGAUGACCCUCUUGUCCAUGAGUCUCUUUUGACCAUUCCUCGCACACUAGCAGAACAAAAGGAGAAUGUAAUAUUUGUGCUGACGCAGCAUGGAGGACAUCUGGGCUUUUUUGAAGGUGCCAUGCUUUUCCCUCAGCCUCUGACCUGGAUAGACAAAGUCAUUGUCAGUUAUGCUAAUGCUAUCUGCCAGAGAAAGAAGGAGAAUCUGGAAUGGCCUCAAACAGCAGACGGCACAGAACCUAAAGGCAAAGUUUAACCAGAGCACUGUGCUUCCUUUGGU